AUGGCUCUUCGCGCUCCUAACAACAGCAACGUCCCCAUGGAGGUUGAGCGAUGCCUCCAAGUGGUCAAGAAGAUUCUGGAUCAAAACAAGAAUCCCCAAGCCGCAGCAGACGUGGAUCACCAGUACGAUGACAAAUACGCCUUGGUGGAGUUCGUGACCAACACUGGUAUCGCUGCCGUUCUGAACGUCCUCGAGCAGUUGGAAGGCUUCAAUGAAGAAAUUCUAAAGCAAGUGCUGGCGGUCGUCUUGGAUCAGAAGCGGUCAAUGACGCUGCGUCUCGCCGUGGAUGAAGACUGCGAAUUCGUGGAAGAAACCACGAGGCAGGUUGAAUCUCCUACCACUCACCAAGUCAGCGUCUCUUCGCCAGAGGCUGCUGGAGCCACUGUUUACAGUCACAAGACUCUGACGGAAAUCAAAGAGUUUCACUGGAAGGCUGGAAUUCGCCACACGCUGACUCUCUUUGCUGGCACGGAUCCUUCCAUGGGGAUUGUGCUGGGCACUCGGACUGGAACUACCCGAUUGGUCACCACAAUGAAGAAACAUCCUUACCCACCCAACACUCGUCCUCCCCUUGACUUGGAUUUGACCUUUCUCAUUCGUCAAAUCAACCCUCAGUCAAUGGUGGCAUCGUUCAAGAUUGACCGUGACAACGCCAAGACUCCACGCCGAAACAGACAGACCGAAGAGGCGCUUUUAUUUGUACGCGACUUGAAGUCUUGGUUGGCGCAGUGCCUACACUAUUUCCAAAAUGUCGUGUGGCAAGAGCUCUUGGGAGGAAAGACUGAGAAUUAUGCGGAAUGGCUUUACAAGAUCCAGUCCACCGACGUAUUUGCUCCUGUUGCACCACUCUUUAUGGAGGACUCGGCAGGCGACAAUACCAGCAACACUGGGCAUACAGAACGGGCUGGGCUGGUGGCGCUUUCGGCGCCUCCUGCUGGGUCGCCAUUGAUUCCCUUGCAAGACACCGCCAAGUUCCUCCAGGAGCAGACUCGUUCUCUCAAGCAAGCACUCAUGAGCCUCAUGGGAAACUUCCCUGAUCCUUCAGAUGGAGGCCAGCUCAUUAGUGGAUACGAAGCGAAACUCGUCUUGCUCUUUCUGCAUCUUCGGGACAUUGCCGGUCAGUGGGCCGUCGGUGUCAAGUAUGUGGAAGCGAUGCUCUACAACCAACUAGAAACGGCCAUUGGAAAACAAGUCAAAGCGCAAGACUUUGAGGAAUUUAUCAAGUUUCACAAUCAGAGACUCAUGGGGAAGAACUAUGCGCCAAAGCCAUUUUGUUACGCGAUUCGCCAACCCAAUUCGUUCCCUGAUGGGAUGCUUAGCAUUCUCGCAAAGAGAAAUGGUGGAGGGGCGGCCUUCUUUGCGGGCGACGAUGCCGCUGGAAAACGAGACGCUGACACCAUUGGAACCUUUUGCAGUCACAUCCCAGGAGACACACUGGUUGCGCCCAUGGCCAUCCCCCUCAAUGCAGCCACGACAAUCGACUUUGUUGGCGAUCAGUAUUUGCAUGGAUGGGUCGACACUCAAUUUAAUGGCGAGCAGCAAGCGGAACACUUUAUCAGUGCCCGCGCCCGACAAUUUUCCUGCUUUCUGUUGCUGAUUGGAAACAUUUCUGGUCCCAAUGAGUUCACUCCCAAAGAUGCCAUACUCUUACAGAACAAGGACGAGAUCCUGAUCCCAUUGUUGACGACUGCCCUUCCCAGUGCCAAACAGUUCCGCGAUGCAAUUCAAUCCCUCUCGCCGGAACAGGCACGAUUUGCCAAAUCCUUUCGGGCGCAGCAACUGGAUUCCAGUGUCUUUGGAAUUUGUGUGAUUCAAGUCAAGCCCCAGAUGGAGUGCCUACUUAACCUCCCACAAAAUGCACUCACCAAAGAGAUUCAACUGACUACAGAUCUCCUCUCGUUGUUUGCAGAAUACCAAGUCCCGCCCACUCUGGUGUCCUAUGAUGGCGCUGAUUCCGCCGCGCUGGCUGAGAAGGUUUCCGCUGUGAAGGAGCACGUGAAAGGAGUCCUGGAUGUGAUCAAGGGUAUCAAGGAAGAGCAACUGCAUGAGGAAGCCAGGAAAGCAGCAAUGCACAAGGAAAAACUAGAACAAGAAAGGCUACGGGCAGCUUCCACGCGUACUAGUGCCUCGAUUCCGUUCGGUGCCCCAGCCCCAGCCUUUGCUGGUACGUCGUUUCAAGUGCGGGGGGCCGCAGCUUCACGCGCCAGAAGGGCGGCUCCAGUUGCAGCCCAAGCCAGAUACAAAAUGAGUUGCGCUCAUAUGUCUUCCGCUGCCAUGGUAACACCACCUCCGGCUGCUCAAGCGCAGCGACAAUACGAAGCCGAGGAUGAUGCUGACAGUGUCGACUUUGGCGACGGGGAAGGGUUUGAUGAUUUGCAAGAUCAGUUCUCGGACCUAGAUAUCCGACGCGGCAGUGAUGGCACACCCAAAGCCAGCAAGGAGUGGGCAGUCCCUGCGCUUGACUUUACUGCAAUUCCCAAAAGGCUCGACCGCGUGUUUGAAUCUUUCGAUAAGGACGGCGCCCUUCGCACCAUGACCUUGAAAACAGGGGAUGAGUGGACUCGCGUGCGCCAAGAGAAUCUUUUGACAAAGAUGAAGACAUCCAAGCUGAAGGCGGGAGACAAAAAGACGGAAAGCAACAAAGCACUGGACCUUCUCGACGCGCUGUCUCGUAGUGGUUCGCUCCCGAUUGCUUGUGGGGAGCUGCAUGUCAUUGUUGGAGUUCGCCAUUCCUUCGAGCAAAAUGUCAUGGCUACGGUAAUUGAGGAGAACGUGAAUCCUAUCGAGAAGGUGGACUAUUCCUCUCUACUGAUCAGCUCCACCGUGCAUCAGGUGGAUAUCCCAACGCUGCUCACCAAUGCGGUCGAACCUCCCACUUUGGUCUUGAACAACCGCCAGUUUCCUCCUUUGAUGGCUGGCGAUGCGACUAACGCUGUCACGGGCAACCAGAAUUGA